AUGGGCGCGGAAUUACAUUGCCCUUUCCAUCAGAUUUCAUUCACCAAAGACUACUACGGAACAAGAAUGGCUUACGACAUGAAUUCACCCACACAGGAAUGUGCCAGCUUCUGGAAUAUUUUUGAUGAUUGGGAAAUAACUUCUCAAUCGGCAUCAACGCCUUUAACUUUGGGGCUCAUACCUAUCAGCCUCCCCAAAGCAAUCAAAGAGCACAUGGAAUCAACCAUGCUGAAGCACAACUCCGUCACUGCAAAUUCCCUCCAUGGGGUUAAGGGUCACUUGACAAUUUCCAUGGAGGAAGCCUACGACUACAAAAUUGCUCACGAGGAAUUUGAUCCCGAAGUUGUAUACCCUGAAGUGGUUCAGCUUGGAAACCAGAUAUCCAAUAUUCUGGAAGCAGAACUUGCUCCAGAGGAUGAAUAUGCCUUCGAAGAACACAUCGUGGGCUCCCUGGCUGCCAUGGUUUAUGGCAGUUACCUGAUCGAAAAGGCCGGCGGAGAUUCCCACAUUACUCUGAAGCUGUGCACGGUAGUAUUUAAGGGCGAAAACGCUCCUGAGCAGCUUGGCGAAGAUUCGGAAGAGUUCCGGGCUUUGGAACAUUCGAUCUUGCACAAAGGUCUCCCGACAUCUAAAUCUGCUAUUCUCCGCUCCCGCGUGGAGAUUAUUCAACAUGCGAAGGCUGCUUCUUUCCUGAUCACUCAGCUCUGCCUCCAUGAUAAGGAUCUCUCUGAGCGCGCUAUACUUCAAAAGCAUGGCAUUCUUACCUACAAGGUCGAUGCCGAUGAGGUCUCUGCUGGCUUCCACACUUUCCCAGCACCCGCACUGGCGCCUUCGAAGAUGAAGGCAAUGAUAUCAGACCUUGAGUAUGACUUAAGUCAGUGCGUGAAAAGGGGGACGAUAGAUCCCAUUUCUCUGGCGGGAAAGUACGCCCAUAUUUUCAUCAACAUUCACCCAUUCAUUGACGGCAACGGACGUAUGUGCCGUCUGAUACUCAAUGCGAUGCUGCUGAAGUUCGGGGGCUUCCUGGUAUGCCUCGGAGCUGGGGAGGAAGAGCGUCGGAAGUACCUUGAAAUAGCUGCUGAUGGUAGUGCAUUGGAAGAUUUAUAUGAGGAUGCAGAGGAAGACGAGAAGCCAAAGCUUCACAAACAGCUGUCCAGCUUCGUACUGGAUCAUGUCAAGGAGGACAUGAAGAAGCUGAUUGAUUCUGUUUCUGGGCCUCGCUAG